GUCCCCAUUCUCAGCUCUGAACCUUUCUGGGAAGACCUGGGGAUCUGUUUUUUACACCCUUGCGGGAGAGAGUUCUUGUUCGUCCUUUUAGUUGGUGAGAAGAUGCUGGGUGUCUUCAGCAGCUCCAUCAUUUCGCCGCCCGACGAGCUCGUUGCCGCCGGCAGUCGCACGCCGUCACCCAAAAUCACGGCGGCCGCACUUUUGAACCGGUUCGCCCAGAGCAACGCAUCUACCGUCUCUGUGCAAAUCGGAGAUCACGCCCAGCUGGCUUUCUCUCACCACAACGAGUCACCGUGGCACCCCAGAUCGUUUGCUGUGAAGGACGAGGUGUUCUGUUUGUUCGAAGGAGCUCUUGAUAAUUUAGGCAGCUUGAGGCAACAAUAUGGACUCGCCAAGUCUGCCAAUGAAGUGCUUUUGGUAAUCGAGGCUUACAAAGCCUUGCGUGAUCGAGCGCCCUACCCUGCCAAUCACGUUGUUGGCCAUCUCAGCGGAGGCUUCGCUUUCAUAGUUUUCGACAAGUCCACUUCUACUCUCUUUGUGGCUUCUGACCAAUAUGGUAAGGUUCCUCUGUAUUGGGGAAUAACGGCUGAUGGAUAUGUGGCAUUUGCUGAUGAUGCAGAAUUGCUCAAAGGCGCUUGUGGCAAGUCCCUUGCUUCUUUCCCUCAAGGAUGUUAUUACUCCACAACGGCUGGAGGGUUAAGAUGCUAUGAGAAUCCCAAGAAUAAGGUGACCGCAGUACCUGCAGAUGAUGAGGAAAUCUGGGGAGCAACCUUCAAGGUAACAGGAUGACCUGGGUUUUAAAUAAAAAUGCUGGUGGAAGGGCCAGCGGUUGCUGCAGCCAGAGUAGACGAAAUCUCGUGGAUGGUAAAGUAACUGGGGGUUACUUAACUACGAGGUUACUAUAUUGGUAGUGGAUUAGUUGUGAUUGGAGCAAUGGGCUUAUGUGGUGGUUGUGACUUCAAGGCAUGCGUGAGGGUCCCAUGUAAAUACUUUGUUGAGUUGUAAUAACUUUAAGAAAGAAUGGGACAAGUAGGCUGGCGUAUUCUCCUGAGGGAGUUUGUGUUUUAGAUAGGACUUGCUGUGUUUCCAUCAAUGUACAGUUUGUGCACCCCAACACCAAAAAAAAAAAAAAAAAGUCAUGUCCCUAGUUUGAGAUUCUAUUUUUCCCCCCUAAUGCAUUCACUGUUGAAAGUC